AUGACGGAACCUUCGAUCGUUUCCGAAUUUCCAAUGGAAAACAUUCCUGUUGAAGCCAGAAGAAUGCUGUCUAGAGGGAAGCGUGAUGUAUUAUUGAGAAAACUGUCAUCACAUGGGUCCCACAAUUCUCAGCAGUCCAAAGAUUUCCGAGAAACAACAAAGGAUGUGUAUUUCCCACAGUUUCCUCAAGAUCGUAGCCAUGCUAAUGGGGUUGACUUCAGUGAGCUUGAGAAAUUUUCCAGAAAGCAAAAAUUAGCCAACGAUCAGCUGUUUUGGACUGCACUGAAUAUCCCAGAAAAUAAAGGAUGCGUAUUUCCCUCUGUUGACUUAGCACAUCAUUUGGAGUAUCCUUCAAGAAGAUUCUCUGCUGAUGUAAGGUACACACCCAAACCCCCGACCAUGCCCCAUAUACAAUCGGACGAAAGUAAAGUGCCAAACGAGGAAAUUGAAUCUGCAAAUAUUUCUCCUGUUGGGUUCAGUGAUGAAAUGAAAGUCAAGCAAGAAUCCGAGAAAAGUGUUUUUGUACCAAAUAGGUUCUCAUUCUUCCGGUCAGAGGGGAAUCCCACAGUUCACUCUCCAGAUAUCCCAUGCCUAGUACAACCAAGAGAAUCUUUCUAUGAUCUUUUCGAAGGGGGGAAACCAACAUGGUGGCUUGACUGUUGUUCCCCGACUGACGAUGAGUUGCGGUGUAUUUCAAAGGCUUUUGGGAUACAUCCGUUGACCUCAGAAGACAUCAAGUUGCAAGAACCGAAGGAAAAAGUACAAUUGUUCAGGUCAUACUAUUUUGUAUGCUUUAACACUUUUGAAAGUGACAGAGAAUCAGAAGAGUUUCUUGAAGCCAUUAAUGUCUACACCGUGGUAUUCAAGAACGGUAUGUUGACCUUUCAUUUCAGUCCCAUGUUCCACUGUAGUAAAGUGAGAAAGCGUGUAAGACAACUGAAGGAUUUUGUUGAUGUCUCUGCCGAUUGGCUGUGCUACGCACUGAUUGAUAACAUUACUGAUAGUUUUGCGCCAGUGAUACAAUCACUGGAGUACGAUGCCGACGUUAUCGAGGAUUCUGUAUUUAUGGUGAGGCAGAUCGAUUUUUCAGCCAUGUUACAGAAAAUUGGGGAGAGUCGGAAAAAGACCAUGACUCUAACGAGAUUACUGGCAGGAAAGGCAGACGUCAUCAGGAUGUUUGUCAAAAGAUGCCAGGAUGGAUCUAAUGCGAAUAGUCGGGAGCUGAAAUGUAAUUCCAGCAUCACCGAUCUCCAAUCAAGCGGUCAACAAAAUGAAACAGUACAGCCAAGGGCUGAUGUUGCUCUCUAUCUUGGCGACAUUGAAGACCACUUGUUGACAAUGUUCCAGAACCUGGCAGAGUACGAGAAGAUUUUCUCCCGUUCAUUCUCAAAUUAUUUGACACAGUUGCAAGUGGAAUCAUUCAAUGCUAACAACAGGAUCAGUAAGAUGUUGGGCUAUGCUGCAAUGGUUGGUACGAUAUUUGUCCCAUUACACUUGAUUCCAGGUCUUUUUGGUAUGAAUGUUAAAGUGCCGGGACAACAUGCCUCGAGUGCAUGGUGGUAUGUUAUUUUGGGUUGUAUAAUUGGCCUUGCUUUUAUUGGAUGGGUAUUUGCUAAGAACAUGAUUGAUAGAAUUUCAACUUCCCAGGAAAAGAGCAAUGAUGUUGAGGAAUCUCGGUUCAAAUUACCAUUUUCGAAUUUAUCACGCAACUGCAAUACAAAAAAGGAGUAA